CAAGAUAGGUAACUGCAGUUCAUGUGUUUCACAACCGGCUCCGUUUGACUCUGACAGAGCUAACUUCAUGUAAGAGCCAACAUUGUCUGUCCGUAGGAACACUGAAGGUCAUCUGGGGCGGUGAUGUUGGGGCUCAGGUGCAUUGUGGGUGACCUGCGUGGUGGAGUCCGACUCCUGAGAAGUCUUCGUCAUGUCCAACAGUCGUUUGUCUCCUCCUCCUCUCUGACGUCACACACUAAGCCUGUCGGACUGCAGCGUGGUCCUCCUCCUCCCCCUGUGAGGCGUUUCCUGUCUCAGGACCAGAGCUCGGCGGGUCAUUCUGCUCGGCUGAAGCUGCGGACUCGCCUUGUGGUGACUCUGGUGUUCGGCGGCGGUCUGAUGGCGGUGUGGUGGUACGUUUACGCGGAGAAACAGCAGAAGCUCCGUCAGCAGCGUCUUCGGCAGCUUCAGCAGGUCGCUCUGGGUCAGGGUAACUUCAGCCUCCUGGACCACAGGGGGCAGCGCAGGACGAAGAAGGACUUCCUGGGCAGCUGGGUGCUGCUGUACUUCGGUUUCACGCACUGUCCUGACAUCUGCCCUGAUGAACUCGACAAACUGAGCGCUGUGGUGUCAGCUCUGGACAAGGACUCUUCUCUGCCCCCCGUCCAGCCACUCUUCAUCACAGUGGACCCAGAGAGGGAUGACGUCCCCGCACUCGCCCACUACAUCAAAGACUUUCACCCCCGUCUGAUUGGACUGACGGGGACGCCGGAGGAGGUCAAACAUGCAGGGCGGGAUUACAGAGUGUACGCCAGCCCUGGACCCAAAGACGAGGACGGGGACUACAUAGUAGAUCACACAAUCCUAAUCUACCUGGUGAGUCCUGAGGGGUUGUUUUUGGAUUAUUACAACAGGAUGAAGAACCAAGAACAGAUCACAGAGAGCAUCAGGAACCACAUCAAGAACCACGUUGCACUCACCAACACCUGAACCCAUCAUGGGAACUACAGACUGAAAAUAAAAAUCUUUAAAAAUG